AGUGCUGGACAUGUGUAGUUGAAAAUAUAUCGUUCAUUAGUCACAUUCCGCUCUAUGAACACGUAUCGGUUUUUAUUAUCUGAACACUUUUGAUAUAGUUGUUCCAAAGAAACAUUCACUAUGUGUUUGUUCAAAGUAUUGGGAGUCAGUGUUUUAUUCAUUCUAUGUGACGGUCAAGACUGGGUAGUAGACGAUUACGGAUGCAGGACUCCUGAUGGAGGAGUUGGUGAUUGUACUCCUAUAAAUCAAUGCAAGUCAUUGGUGAACUGUCUGUUGAACGCUACAAAACCAAUUUCACAAAAAGUGAAAGAAAAACUCAAUGCCUACCUCUGUAGCUACAAAUUGGGGCUCAUCUGGGUCUGCUGUCCGGAAGAACCUAUAGUAGAUAUUGAUGAGCCCACAAUAAUAACGACAACCCCCGCACAAAACGAAAACCCACCAGAUGUAACCCAGCACAAAAACUUGAAAUUACUGCCAGACGAGUGUGGUUUGAUUUACAGUUCCAACAAGAUACGAAACGGAAAAAACGCCUUCCUCAAUGAAUUUCCUUGGAUGGCUCUUUUAUCUUAUAAAACCU